UGACGACGAUCUUGUAGUGCAAUAUAUGCAAGGCAAGAGUAGUGACUGGUUUGUGUCCUUCCUAUAGUGGAGCGUUCUAGGACAUGGGGAUUGUGACUAGCUGUGAGCGAAGCGAAAUAUCUCUACCCAGUCAGCAUAGCCAGCAUAUUGCUUGUUCUAACAAAACCAACCCCGUGUUCAAACUAUUGGGGGAGCAGGUCGUCACAUUAGAUAGCGCUGUGAAUAUCACGGACACAGACUACUUCCUCCAGAACCCGUAUGAUGAGGAUGCUGGUAGGGACUACCUGGCCCAUCUGAUACCGGACGACACCGACCUGGCCACGUUACCCCCGGACCGUUUCCCUGUCCCAGCAGGUCUGGAGCUACCCUCGGAAUAUCCGUUGUGGCUUGGUAGCUACAUCAACAAGAAAGGAGGGAUGAGACUGAGGUUGGUGGUGUCGUCUAUGUCAAUGUCCGCCAAUUACUUAGAAAAGGUGUCCGAGGCUAACCACUUGCGCGACAACCUCCACUACCUUUCCUUUACCUACACUCAUAACGCAGACGAGGCGCGUCCGCGCUUCCUCUUGUGGGAAGUCCACAAAGGUAGGCGAGAACACUGUCUGACGGUACGUAAACGUCGCUACCUCUACCCUAGGAUCGUACUGAUGAAGAAGACAGAAACAUUUAUCAUCAUAGGUAAGGGGUUCAUGUUACGGCUAUUUCCAUUACCCGAAGGAGCAGACCCUGACCGGUACGGUCCCCAACAAAAUAACGGAGAACUACCCGUAUCACUGGGAACGUACACGCGCAUCCUGGACACCGCCCCCACUAUGUCUAUGGACUGGGAUGUACGUCUGUGGGCGUGGGAGAACAGUCACCAAACAUAAUCGUUUGGGGACUCGGGAGUGUGUGGGCGUUGAUCAAGGACACGUGCGUGGGUUGGCAUGUGUGUUGUAUGUAACGAGGCAAGGGUAUUGAUACUCCGCCACUGCAAGCGUAACAUGAUAUUAAAGUGUUGAGAGUGGUUUGUGUGGGUGUGUGUGUGUUUUGACAACCAUAUAUAAUUAACAGCUCAAACAGGUGAGCACUUAAAUGUAAAAACAGGAGAGAGACCUCGGAGUGACAUUCGACAAAAAGCUCAAAUUUAGCGAACAUGUGUCUGCAGCCGUUUUCAAAGGAAACAGGAUGUUAGGAAUUAUUUUUAGAACAUUUACAUUUCUAAAUCAGACAACAUUCCUAUUAUUAUACAAAUCAUUGCCAGACCUCAUAUUGAGUACUGCUCCACAAUAUGGUCACCCCUCCUAAAGAAAGACAUACAAUCAGUGGAAAACAUACAAAGACGUGCACCUAAAAGGUUAAUAACAUUGCAAGACUUACCUUACUCAGUCGACUAAAAUGACUAGGAUUGCCCACACUUGAAUAUAGAAGACAAUGGGCUGAUAUGAUUCAAGUGUACAAAAUUCUGAGUGGUGUGUGUGGACGAUGCAGACAAAUCUAAAUUAUUUACCGAAUUCACCUAUCCGGCAACUAGAGGUCACCAGCUAAAGCUCUUUAAGAAACAAUGCCGCUUAAACACCAUCGAGAACAUUUUCAGCAAUUUAAUUGGAACAAUUUAUCAGCUGAAGUGGUUAAUGCCGAAAGUUUGAUUAGUUUCAAAAAUAGGUUAAACGUGCACUGGAAAGAUCAUGCACACAACAUUUUAUCCGUCCUUUUAAUCUACGAUGUGUAAAUAUUAACUUUUACUAUUGCGACAAUAAUACUUAACUAGACGUCUAGAUAUAUUUAAUGUCAUACAAUGUAGCCAUUCUUCGCGCACUCCAUCAUCAACCAAUCAAUUAAUGAAAUGCAGAUAAAUAACAUAAGUAAAAGCCACAGGCUUUCCAUUAAUGUCUUACCUAUGAGAUAAAUUGCACGGGAACUACAAGCACUUUCCUAAACAGAAAGUACAAUCGGACCACGCUCGGAUUUCAACAACUCCCAUGGUUGGGACUGUAAACUGCUGCUGGUAUGGUAUCCAUUUUCGGUGUCAAGGUCCGCUCUCCUCUUAAUUUUUCGAGCUGGUCAAUCCGUUUAUUGGUGUGGGGACUCAAUCAGAUGUACAGUACUCCAAAUUAGAGCGAAGGUAUCGAAAUGGGCCUUGGUAUAUCCAUUUGAAAUCUUCAGAUCCCCGUUUUCUCUUCCCAUUAUAUUUAUUGCCCUGUAAAUAAUGCAGCCAUCUGCAUAUAAUCUGACCUUGGGUGAUAUGUUAUUUGGAAGGUCAUUAAGGAAUUGGAGAGGUAGGGUACUCCUCUAAGGACUGAGGUUUCCUCUGGUGAUGUUCCUUCUACCAUGACCACCGAUUCCGUCGCUCCAAAAACCUCCUUAUCCAGGAAUGUGAUUGCCCCCGUACGCCAUAGCAUUCUAGCUUCCACAAAAAGUGGUAUGGCACCCCAUCGAACUCUUUGGUAAAAAAAAUAAGGCCCGUAUUCAUGAAACCGUUCUCAUGCUCAAGCAUGGAUUUUGUGCUCA